CGUUAGGACGCCGUGUAGCAUCUAGCGCGUAGGUAUAUUAUUGUGUGGCUGUGUUUCCUUGUGUCGCUGGCGGAAUCUACUUGUUCUAAGAAAAAUGGCAGAUGUUAGUAAAGAAGAUCUUGAAAAGGAAAUCGCGAAGAUUCUCAAAAAUGCGAACCUCGCCAAGACCUCAACAAAAAAGGUUGUACAGAAGCUCGAGAAGAUAUUUGAUACUGACUUAACCGAGAAAAAGAAGAUCAUUGACCAGCUGGUGAUGGAUUAUGUGAACGAAAGUUCUGAUGAUGAAAAAGAUGGAGACGAGGAUGGAGAGGAAGAAGAAAAGAAGCCAGCUAAGCGAUCAGCCCCUGCUACAAAGGCUGCUUCAAAGAAAUCUAGGAAAGAAAGCUCUGAAGAAGAUGAUGAGGAUGGAUCCAAUGACAGUGAAUCUGAGGAGGAGAAGAAAAAGCCAGCACCAAAGAAAGGCAAGAAAAAGAAGGGAUCUGAAGAUUCCGACAGCGACUGGGGCAAGAAGAAGGAAAAAGCUCCUAAAGCUAAAAAGUCGGGAGGUAGCCGUAAAGGCGGUGGCUAUACAAGGGCAUACAAACUUUCCCCAGCCUUAGCAGAACUAAUGGGGCAAGAAGAAAUGCCCCGACAUGAAGUGGUCAAACGUGUCUGGACCAUCAUCAAAGAAAAAAAUCUCUACGAUCCCAAUAACAAGCAAUUUGCUAUUUGUGACGAUGCUCUGUACAAAGUUAUUGGUACGAAAAGAUUCCGUACGUUUGGUAUGAUGAAGUACCUCAAAACGCAUUUUCUCGAUGAGUAAUCUAGUUAAUUAGGUAACAUAUAUAUUAUAGACAUGUGA